GUAAUGCUGCUGCACCUGCAGCGCGAGCGCGACGACCACCUCCGCCAGAUCCAGUCGCAGCUGCUGCUGUUCGAGUCGCAGCUCCGCCGCCGCCAGAAGGAGGUGGAGGCGCUGAUGAAGCAGAAGGACGCGACCAUCCGGCAGCAGCAGCACAUCGUCGUGUCCCUCUCGCGGGCGCUCAACAACAGCAUCCGGGCGCGGCAGGCGUCCGAGUCCUCCCAGAAGCCGUCCAAGGAGGACGCUGCCAAGGAGGACGUAGCCAAGGACGAGGCGGCCGAGGACGGCCUCCGGAAGGGCGAGAAGCCGUCCAGCCUGCACUUCACGUCCACCAAGAGCGACCCCGAGAGCCUCAACGACAGCGACAGCGCCAUCAUGCUCGAGGACAACUUCGACUCGCUGGUCCUGAUCCCGAUGGGCAAGGGCGAGGUCAAGGUGGUGCGGAGCGUGUCGGACGCCGUGGAGGUGGCCAACAGGCCCUCCUGCUGCGCCGCCGCCGGCCAGGACCUCCUCGCCACGCCGCCGCCGGGGGCCGCCACCGGCUCGCUCCUGAAGCCCGGCUACAGCGGCGGGGCGGGGCCGGGCUCCCUGUCCACGUCGCCCUCCUGCUCCAGCGAGGAGAGCGACGACAGCCCCUCCUGCACGCUCACCAAAGGCCGCGCAGAGCUACUGCGGACGGUGUACAGCCUGGACGAGGAGGAGGUCUGCCACGCCCACACGGAGCGCGACUCCUUACUAGGCGACGCCUCCUCCGCCACGCCCUCCAUGGCGCCCUCCCUCCACUCCAUCCUCAAGUCGUCCUCUCACUACGACUCCGACGCGACCCUGAGCGACGGCGAGAGCGACGACGCGGACGACGACGACGAGGAGAUCCGGCCCCUCGACGACUCGUGCAGCGACCGACGGCAGCUGCUGGGGUCGUACGAGAAGCUCAACACGAUCGCGGUGACGUCGCCCGCGAAGCCCCGGCUCGACGAGGAGAUCCAGGUGACCUACAACCGCGUCAUGAGCAACCACAGAUCCGUCACCAAACCCAAAGACGUCAAGUACAGACGCAUCAACAAGGCCAAGUCGCGCUCCUUGGAGGAGCUGCGAGGGAAGCUAAAGUACUGGACGGACCGCGGAGGGAAGCAGUCGCUCUCGGUCGAUCUCGACAGUCAGUCCUUCGCUUAGGGGAGGGCGAAGCAGACGCCAUUAUCUCCCAGGGAGAUAGAUGAUGUCUCCCUCUUGCAUCUAUGCGGGCAUGAGCGCUUCGACAGUGAGCGCCAGUAGUCGCCUGGGCGACGCUACUUACAUAUCGACCUGCUGAAGGACCUGCGUCAUGUUGGUAACGCCUCCACCCCGAGUACGCGUCGGCCGCUGAGCUUUCAAGUAUCCACUCAGUCCCUCCAGAUCCAUUCCAGAUCCAUUCCCGGCGGAAGGUCCUCCCCCACAACGGCGUUCGUUGUGCGGUGUCGAGGCCUGUGCCGGAAAACGCUCGGAUUUCCUACUCGCCUUCAGUGUUACCAAACGUGGUGUUUGCCUAUGGUAUGUACAUACGCGGAGAAAAUAUGUGUACAUAGAGUGAUACAAGCGAAACUGCGGCCUGAGAGAAGACACGAAUUCCUCGGCCCGGGUGUCGUGUGAGGUUGCAUCUUCCAGUCACGUGGUUCAGGUGGACGUGAAUCACGAUACGAAAGUCUCGAAUCCAUCAGUACCUUCGGGUGCGUUUGUCCUUUCUUUAAAAGGGAUUCAACCAAAUAUUCAAAGAAGACUAGAAGAAACCAACGGAGGCAAGGCAGCGCCGCAUCCUCACCACACCGACUCUACAAUUGCUCUGUAUAAAGUCUGAUAAGAAAUAAGAUACAGCGGAGUGAAGUAAACACCGCUCCGACCUUUCUCCUCCACUAGUCUCACGGUUUGCGAAGCCCGGCGCUCGGCUCGUCUCGCAAGCUCGAUACCGCGAUACUCUUCUCAGUAUAGAAAUGUAUAUUUAUCUCUUUCUUCCUAUGGAGUGAUGAUAGUUUUCUCUUUUUUUUUCGUUUUUUCUCCUUUGUGUGUGUAUGUUCACCCGUUCGAAAACGUGUCGAAUGGGUGAACUUAAUUUCUUUUCCAGUAUUUUCGAAAUUAGUCUCGAAACCAGCUAUGUAUUUGGCAGCGUUUAGUGUGGCAUUUUUGAUCAGUUUUGAUCUGGCGAUUAUCCUUUUAUUUUAUUAUUUAUGAAGAUAAAAUAGUGUAAUGUCCCAUUCCAAAGUGCACUUUCACUACAUUUAAAAAGUCAUUUAUUUUUAGGUAUAUAAAUAUCAAUGGACAUCAUUCCACACCAGAAAAUAGAUAAAAAUGUCUGUACCAACUCCUUCCAUCCAAGUAUAUAUUAACAAAUGCGAAGAUAUAUAUAUAUAUGUAAAACCUGCCAUCAGUGUAUUCCACUGGGUAAGACCCCCCACCCUCCCCCUUCCUACCCCCACACCUGCAAAUUAUCAUUUAUAAUGAGUAUUUAGAUGACUUCAUUUUGCCUUCGUCACAGCUUCACUUCCGCGUUUUCUUUUC